AUGGCUUUUGGAGACUUGAAAACCGAAAAAGGAGUCCAAGAACUCAACACCUUCUUGGCUGACCACAGCUACAUCCAAGGGUACACCCCAUCCCAAGCCGACGUAGACACACUGAACAAACUCGCAAAGGCCCCGGCAGCGCAGCACGCAAACGCUUUAAGAUGGUACAACCACAUCAAGUCGUUCUCCGCCGAAGAGCUCAAAUCUUUCGGUGCCAGCGGAGCCUGCCCAAUGAAAACGGCCACAACCACCACGGCCGCCGCUGAUGAUGACGACGACGACGUCGAUCUAUUCGCUUCCGAUGACGAAGAAGAAAGCGCGGAAGCUGCCAAAGUGCGCGAAGAACGUUUGAAGGCCUACAACGAGAAGAAAUCCAAGAAACCUGAGCUCAUCGCCAAAUCCAGCAUCCUUUUGGAUGUCAAACCAUGGGACGACGAAACCGACAUGAAAGAAUUGGAAAAACAAGUCAGGACUGUCGUUAUGGAUGGUCUUUUAUGGGGUGCCUCAAAACUCGUACCAGUCGGCUACGGCAUCAACAAGUUGCAAAUUAUGUGUGUCAUUGAGGAUGUCAAGGUUUCUGUUGACGAAUUGGUAGAGAAAAUCCAGGAAUUCGAAGAUUUUGUACAAUCAGUUGAUAUUGCUGCUUUCAACAAAAUCUAA